AUGCAAUCGACCCAUAAACCCCUGUUUUUCAUAGAUGAGGACUCUCAACAAUCACAACAACAACCUCAACAACAACCACAGUUGCGUUCCCGUCCUCAUCCUCCUGCAAUAAAAUCUUCACUCAACCCAAGAAGACCAUCUUUGCAACAACAACAACAACAACAACUGCCGUCCCCUGUUAUUCCGACAAGAGCAUCAUUCUCUUCAUCAAGUUCAAGUAGUAAUGACUUGGAAGAUAUUUUAAAGUUUCCCAUUGAAUCAGCUCACGCUUAUUCAUACGCUCACCUUUCUCCUAACUCCUUGGCAUUGAGAUUAAAUGUAUUGAAGAGAUCUUUGGAAAUUUUAAAAGAUCGUCCCGAUUUAUUCAGAUCUUUAACCAAAGAUGUUCCAGAAUCUACUCCAGAAUUAUCUAGAACCAGCUCCCACCAUAUGGAAAUCGAUUCACCACUAUUGGAAGAUCAAGAAGUAGAUCCAAUAUCUUCAACACCGCCACCACAAGCACCACCUUCUAGAAAAGCAUUAUUCACUCAUACCAAUCAUAGUUCAGAUUAUAUUCAUGAUAUUUCUUCAGGACAUUCAAGUGAUCACAAGAAAUAUAAAUUACGUUCAAACGCAUCUUCAGCAACAUUGGCUGCCCUUUUUAGACCAAAUAUGAAAAGAUCCGAUAGUUUACCAUUGGAGACUCCACAAUCACUACGCCGAGCUUCUACUCCACCAUUGUCAUAUCUACCUAGUUCAUCAUCAAGAAAGUCAUCUUUAAAUGCUUCACAUAGUGAUGAUUUCAAAGAUAUAAUAGACUUGUUGGAAAAUGACUUAGAAUCUUUAAUAAAUAAUUCAGAAAUUGCUACAACAUUACACGAUCUUUCAUUAUCCACUUCUCCUGAUGACUCAUCAAAUUUGAAUACAAAACAUGAUAUAUUGAAAAAUAAGUUAUUACUUGCAUUGGCUAUGCCAUUUAUGGAAACUUCAGUACAAACAACUUCACUAUUAGAAAGUGACGGAACUACUGAUCCAUCAUUAAACAAGACACAUAUACGUCCAUCCACCACUGCAUUAAAUUUACUCAACAACAAUUAUCCUUCUUCAUAUUCUAUGGGGUCAAGUGGGACCAGUUUUAACACCACAAAUAAUAACACCAGUAACCGUCCAUUCCAUUCAUUGAUAACCACAAAGCAUUCCCUCCCACAGUCAGUCUUUACUAUUGAACCAGAUUUGCCAUUUUCAGUUAAAGCCGCAAAUGAUUUAGCAUGUUUGAUGUUUGGUGUUCUGAAAAGUACCAUCAAAGCAUUGACUCUUAUGGAUUUGAUUGCCCCACAAUUCCGUAAUUUUGUAUUGGAAAGAUUAACUAGUUUACCUGAUGUCAAUUUACGAGGAAACAAAAGUCAAGAUCGAAUAUUGUUUGCCGGGGAAAUCGUUGCCAUUGUUAGACCUGGAGAUCAGAACUUUGCAUGGACAUCUUUGUGGGCUAAAAGGAAAGGUAACUUGAUCAUUUGUAUGUUUGAUCAAAUACCAUGUGAUGCAUUUGAUGUUGUCAUAAUGUGUCACAAAGCUUCUAGUACCUUUGAAGUCGAGGCGGUUAACAACAUUGCAGGAAACUUAGUUGACGAUUAUGGUAUUAAAGAUUUAACAACAUUGAAAGAUCUUAGUGAUUCAUUAAAUGAAGAAUUACACGAAGUUCAAGCCGUUUCUCAUCAAGAAACAGAAGACGUUGCAGUGAUAAAUCACACUAGAUAUUAUACUUUACAAUUAGAAGAAGGGAAUAAUGUCCCUUGUGCAAUCACAUCUAAUCAAUUAGAUGUCAAUGAAGAUACACAUGAGAUCAAGUUAAAGAUACACACGUUGCCAUAUAUUGCUGGUAUAUUUGUCAUUGAUAGUGUCAACUACAAUAUCAUUUCAUGUAACAAUGCUAUUGCUAGAAAUUUGUUUGGUAAGUCAUUUGAUGAAUUAAAUAAUCAUUGCAUUGAUGAAUUGAUUCCAAAUUUUACAAAGAUAUUACAAGUUGGUAUUCAAUCAAGUCUUGAUUCAUCACAAGUGACACCAGGAUUAGUUUUACCAGAACAUUUUUUCAGACGAUAUGAUGCUGCUGUUAAAAAGGAACAAGAUCCAAAUUGCACCGAGUCAGCUGAUGAUAUAUUCUUCAAUUCACACGGUGUUGAAGGUAUUCAUAGGGAUGGUAAAGUUGUGUAUGUCGAUGUUCAGUUGCGUGCAUCAUCCCAAGAUACUUUUGUUGUCUGGAUAACCUAUUCAAGAACCAAUAAAAACAAGAAUUGUAUUUCUGAUGAAUUGGAUAAAUUGAGUUCAGCAUCGGCUUCAUCAGUUUCCUUGUCAUCAAUCAACAAGUCAGCUACUUCGUUGUCAACAAAUUCGAAAACAAGAAGUGUUUCAAGUCACUUGAGGGUUAGUGAUAUAAAAUCUAAUAGUAAUCAUCAUGAACGUGCCAUGUCCACGGAUGUUCCAUCCCAAAUGAAAUUAUUUGAUAAUGAAAAGCAGAAAGAUUUAUUGGAAUUUUCUCCUCGUGAAAUCACUCGUAAAUCAAGUACAAGAAGACCAAGAAAGGAAACAGAAUUGGGUUUACCAUUGACUAAACUUGAUAGUUAUAUUUAUAAUGGUGAGGAGAAAUCAAGUGACGGUAAUCCGUUAACACCAAUUGAAACCAAAGAACUUAUUGAUCUGGAGAAUACGGCCCCAAGCUCACCAAGCGAUACUACAAAUGAGUUCCAUAUUGCAUCAAUGUAUACCGAAAAGGAUAUUUUGAAAUUAGAAAACGAUUCACUUGCAAAGAUCAAAAAAGAAUCUUCACUUUGGCCAGAAGAAGUUGGAGCUCAUAGAAGAACCAAAAAAUUCUCGGAAUUCAAAGUGGUAAAGAAUAUGGGAGAAGGAGCUUAUGGUAAAGUAGUUUUAGCACAACAUAAAGAAGACAAACAUUACAAGAUUAUUAUCAAAUGUAUCAACAAAGAAAGAAUUUUAGUGGACACUUGGGUUAGGGACAGGAAAUUAGGAACUAUUCCUAGUGAGAUUCAAAUAAUGGCUUAUUUAAAUAGUGAGCCUCAUCCAAAUAUCAUGAGAAUUGUUGAUUUCUUUGAAGACCUGAAGUAUUAUUAUUUGGAAACACCUAUAUUUGGUAACCCACCCGCCAUUGAUUUGUUUGAUUUUAUUGAGAUCAAGAAGGAUUUAAAUGAAGUUGAAUGUAAAUUUAUUUUCAAACAAAUUGUUUCAUCAAUAUAUCAUUUACAUCAAAAUGGAAUUGUUCAUCGUGAUAUCAAGGAUGAAAAUAUUAUUAUUGAUGAAAAAGGUGUUAUUAAAUUGAUUGAUUUUGGAUCUGCUGGGUAUGUUAGACAGGGUCCAUUUGAUGUUUUUGUUGGUACUAUUGAUUAUGCCUCACCUGAAGUAUUACGAGGUGAAAAAUAUGAAGGGAAACCACAAGAUAUUUGGGCAUUGGGGAUUUUAUUAUACACUAUGUUGUAUAAAGAGAAUCCAUUUUAUAAUGUUGAUGAAAUUAUGGAAGGUGAUUUAAGAAUACCAUAUGUCAUCAGUGACAGUAGUUUGAAUUUGAUACGAAAGAUAUUAAUUAGAGAUGUUGAACUUCGUCCUACCAUCACCGAUAUAAUGGAAGACGAAUGGCUUGCAUGA